AUGGCUUCUUCCCUCAUUAUCGGACUCCCUAAAAUCUAUGCAAAUCGGGGUCGUAAGUGUGUGCCUCCGACCAAUGACUUCCUGCUUGGCACCUGGCAUGUCACACACUCCAGUCUGCCGCUUUGGAAGGGCAAGUGCAAUGUCAACAUCACUUAUCAGUUGCUUCCGCCGGAUUCCUCUGGAAUGGUGAGGAUUGACGACCUGGUACAAUAUCAAGUCAUUGGGUCGGAGAAGAUCAAGUCGGUUCAUGGCGUGGACACCUCAACUCCGGGGAACCAAGGGGCCUGGGACUGGCGCGGCAGGGGUUGGCUGAUGAUCGCGAGCUCGCACUGGGAAUGCCUCGGCUUUGGCCAGGCACUGGAAGAAGACAAUCAAUGGAUGGUCACCUACUUUGCCAAAACUAUCUUCACUCCGGCCGGCAUUGACAUUUACUCUCGCAAUAAGGAAGGACUUCCCUCUACCAUGAUCGACGAGAUUCUUGAAAGCCUCAAAAGUCUUGGUGUUGAGGAAAUCACCGAGCUCGCCAGUAUGAUCUUCCCAAUUCCGCAGAUGUAG